AUGGCACGUCUGGAAAACAAUGCAACUGACUGUUUUCCUAUUGAUGAGUUUACAAAUCGAUAUUAUCUGCCAGCGAUGUAUGGCAUCAUCUGUGUAGUUGGACUCACAGGUAACCUCACCGUCCUUGUCAUCUACCUGACAAAGCUCCGACCAUGGAAAAGCAGCAGCAUUAUCAUGGUAAACCUAGCGGUGGCUGACCUGCUGUAUGCAUUGAGUUUACCCAUGCUGAUCCAGUUCUACAUGACCAAAAACUGGACCCUGGGGGAGUUCAUGUGCCGUUUCAUUCGCUUCUGCUUCCACUACAAUCUCUACGGUAGCAUCCUCUUCCUCACCUGCCUCAGCAUCUUCCGUUACAUCGUGGUGGUACACCCGCUGAAGGCUGCUCAGAUCAGCAGAAAGAGAUGGGGUGUCUUGGCCUGCCUAACCAUUUGGAUCGUCUCUUUGCUGGAGAUUGGUCCAAUGUUGGGAAUGAUUACAGAACUGAGGACGGGCAAUGUGACACAGUGCGUUGACUUUGCCAGUAAUGAUCCAAAGGAGGUGUGGUGGUACGGUUGGAUACUUACCGUUUUUGGAUACGCGAUGCCGUUGGUCGUGGUGUGCUGGAGCUACGGCAACAUCGCGAGCACUCUGAGCAACAGCAUAUCCAGACACAGACGAAGUAGUUCCCGAGCACGCAGCCUCGCCAUUUUGAUUCUAUGUGUGUUUGUGGUGUGUUUCUUACCUUAUCAUAUCAUGCGGGCACUGAGGGUGAAUAGUCUGCGCAGAAUUGGCAUGUCAUGCACGUGGAGGAGAAGCAUCAACACAGCAUACAUCCUGUCACGACCCCUGGCGGGCCUCAACACCUUCUUCAACUUAGCACUUUAUACACUGGCAGGAGACAAGUUUCAGCAGGCUUUCUGGAGCUUGGUGCACAGGGGGACACACAUAAACAGUACCAUAGCUGUGAUCCACACCCCAAACAACCUGUCAAAGUCAGACCUCCUGAGGAUCUAA